CCACCAUAUUUGGACUGGAGGGGGAAGUUGGAGAUGUUGCUGGGACUAGGCGUUCGUUUCAUGUGAUUGACAUUCCUUAGGUUAUCAAUCUGUAAAUUCAGCGCCGAGCGCUUGAUGUUGCAUGACAGGUCUUGAAAAUUAACAUUUGGAAGGUUCUGAUAAAAUUUUUCCCGUGGUCGGAGGUCUCAAGGCACUGUCACUGUCCCAAACUGUGGUUACAUAAGGCUAAUUACCUUAACCUCGCGCUACUAUGAGUCACGCAAUACAGAUUACACUACGCAAGUUGGGGGGCUUGGCACGAAAUGCCCUUCCGCUAGGAGCCCGGCCGAUCGAUACAUUCCACCUGACAGUACAAAACCUGAGUCUGAGUCGCGCUGCUUCCACCAUGACCAACCAGAUUCCCUUCUCUGCAGACUUCCUGUUCAGACAGAUGUUUGAUCCUACUAGUUCUACGUACACAUAUCUUCUGGCAGACCUAGACUCAAAGGAAGCCGUUCUCAUAGACCCUGUGCUGGAGCAAGUUAAUCGUGAUGCAGGAGUCGUGAAAGAUCUUGGUCUCUCCCUUAAAUUUGUCAUGAACACUCAUAUGCAUGCUGAUCACAUAACUGGCACUGGUUGUCUCAAGAGUGUUGUUCCUGGAUGCAAGAGUCUCAUAUCUGAAGCGAGUGGUGCCAAAGCUGAUGUCCAUGUCGUUCCUUGCGAGAAAAUUCAAUUUGGGCGCCAUCAAUUGGAAGUGAGACCAACACCAGGUCAUACAAGUGGAUGUGUGACAUAUGUGUGUCAUGAACAGGGCAUUGCCUUCACUGGGGAUGCAGUUUUGAUCCGUGGAUGUGGUCGAACAGAUUUCCAAGAGGGAGAUCCUGCCACCCUAUACAAAUCAGUUCAUGAACAGAUUUUCUCAUUGCCAGAAAAUUUCAAGUUGUUUCCAGCCCAUGAUUAUAAAGGAUUAAUGGUCACAACUGUUGAGGAAGAGAAAAAAUUAAAUCCUCGGUUGACCAAAUCUCUGGAAGAAUUUAUUGAGUUGAUGAAUAAUUUGAAUCUGCCUUAUCCAAAGAAGAUUGAUGUGGCUGUCCCUGCUAAUCGUGUAUGCGGGAUUCAAGGGGAAUAUUGAAGAGUGAAAUGUUGAAACAUUGUGAACUGCUAGCAGCAACAUACCAGUGAUGAAAAAAACUUUGAAAGUUUCAUGACCAUAAAACUCCUGCCUAGUGACUGCAUGAAUUCAAAGAUGUGGAUUGUGAUAUUGAAGUGUACUAAUAUAUUUUUAAAAUAUAAAUAUUGAAAAAAUCAGCACUUAA